AUGCUAUUUGAUCACCUCACCAAACAACUGGGCAAACCGAGGCAGGGCCCCUGGGGCUGGAUGGUGAAAACGUUCUUAGAAAGGAAGAGUAGAUUGUUGGAGGUGAAUGCUGUCAAACUGUGUGACAUUCAGCCUGAGAGUGUGGUGCUGGAAGUGGGAUUUGAACCAGGGCUCGGUUUGCAGGAAGCUGCUAAACGCCUUACACUGCCCAAGGGAAAGCUGUACGGGCUGGAUUACUCCGAGUACAUGUAUCAUGUAGCCAGCAGGAGGUUGCAACCUGAUAUUCAGACAGGGAAGGUGACACUGUUUCACGGCAGUGUGGAACAAAUCCCUCUGGAAGACAACGUGGUGGACAGAGUGUUUCACUGCAACUGUUACUACUUCUGGCCGACUCUGCAAUCGGGUUGCAGAGAGAUUUACCGAGUUAUGAAACCAGGUAUAGGGCUGAUGGUCACUAAAUUGAGCGUGGAAUAUCUAAAGAAGUUAGUAGUUGCUGGAUUGUUAAGGGAUACAAAAUGGCCACCUGAGCUGUACAUGGCUGCUCUCUGUGAGACAAGAUUUGUCGACGUUUGUAUGGAGCACAAACAAGACGAGGGCAAACCCUUUCAGGCUAUCUUUGCUAGAGUAAAUAAAGCCCGAAUGUGCGGCCUUCCUACCUCAAUAAUUUGGGUUUGCUGA